AUGUUCUUUAUUGAUGGUCCUGGUGGUACAGGAAAAAUAUUUUUAUACAAAGCACUCCUUGCUACAAUAAGAACAAAGCAAUUAAUUGCUCUUGCAACUGCUUCAUCUGGUGUAGCUACAUCAAUCUUACCUGGAGGUCGAACUGCACAUUCAAGAUUCAAAAUUCCACUAGAUACCAAUAAAAAUCUCACAUGUAGUGUCAGCAAACAAAGUGGACUUGCAAGAUUACUACAAAAAGUAAAGUUAAUCAUAUGGGAUGAAGCUCCUAUAUCAAGAAAAGAAUCUAUAGAAGCAUUGGAUAAAAUGCUAAAAGACAUUAAUGAUUCAGAAUUAUCUUUUAGUGAAAAAAUUAUUGUAUUUGGUGGAGACUUUCGUCAGAUUCUACCUGUGGUCCCAAAAGGAACAAGACAACAACAGAUUGAUGCCAGCUUAGUUUCUUCCUACCUAUGGCCAAAAUUGACAAAAAUUCGUUUAACUGAAAAUAUGCGUGCAAGAUUAGAUCCAGACUUCUCAAAAUACAUAUUGGAUUUAGGGAAUGGGUUACCACCAAUCACAAUUAAUGAAUACGUCAGAAUUCCUGCAGUCAUGUUAAUUCCAUAUGAAAAUGAUGCUACUUUUUUGAAUCAUUCGGUGGAUACUGUUUUUCAUAAUAUUUCUGAUUAUUCAGCAAAUAUUUCAAGCAUGAUGAAUCGAGCUAUAUUGACACCAAAAAACAGUUAUGUUGAUGAAAUAAACACUUUGCUAAUUCAGAGAUUUCCUGGAGAGUUAAAACAAUAUUACAGUUUUGAUGAAACAAUCGACGCAUCUGAACAAGCAGUCAUGGAAGAUUUCUUACAUGCUUUAACACCAAAUGGACUUCCUCCACAUGAAUUAUUGUUGAAACAAAACUGUCCAAUCAUGUUAUUGAGAAACAUCAAUCCUUCAGAAGAACUAUGUAAUGGAACACGACUAAUCUGUCGCAAUUUUGAUCGUAAAGUUAUUCAUGCAGAAAUUGCAGUUGGUCAUCACAGUGGCAAAAAUGUUUUUAUUCCGAGAAUUCUAUUUUUACCAAAUCCUGAUGAAAACAGUGGUUUCCCAUUCAAACGAACUCAAUUCCCUGUUAAACUAAGCUUUGCAAUGAGUAUAAACAAGUCAGAAGGACAGACAUUAGAUUUUGUUGGGAUAUACUUGCCGCAUCCAGUUUUCUCACAUGGACAAUUAUAUGUAGCUUUAUCAAGAGCUAAGACUAUUUCUGCAAUCAAGAUUCUAAUUCGACCAAUCUCAACUGAUGAACCAGAAAAAAACUGCACAAAAAAUAUUGUCUACACAGACUUAUUAACAUUGGCCUCCUCUGACUGA